UUUUCUUGCUGCUAUUGUGUGUGUCUGUGUGUGUGUGAGAGAGAGUGUUUUCAAGUGGUGCCGAAACCCGGGAACGUGUGAGUGAAUGUGUUUUCAAGUGGUGCCGAAACCCGGGAACGUGUGUGUAACUUCGUGAGUUGAGUGAGUGUGUUUAGACAAUUUAUUUUUUUGGCUUGUAUAACCCGAGGUGACCGCGGGGCGCCACUUUAUUUUUUUGGCGUGUAUAACCCGAGGUGACCGCGGGGCACCACUUUAUUUUUUGGGCGUAUAUAACCUGAGGUGACGGCGGGGCGCCACUUUAUUUUUUUUUGGCAUGUAUAACCCGAGGUGACGGCGGGGCGCCUCUUUAUUUUCAGCGUGUAAAACCCGAGGUGGCGGCGGGGCGCUGACCAUGGAUUCUGUAAUUAAGAAUCUAAUCCCGAGAAGGCCCUGGAGACCACAACCGGAGACAUCGGACAAGGAAGGAACAAAGAAGGAACUGCUCCUCAAAAAAUGGACAAAUGGGGCACUUGGACGCUUCACGUUGGUUCUGCCUUCACUGUUGCUGCUUUUACUCUUGCUUUUGGUAUUUGCUUUAGAUCCUGCUUCCGCUUGGAAAGGAAAUAGCUACAUUAAUAUUACCCAAGCAAUAGCACAUAAUUUCAACCUAUCAGAUUGUUGGGUCUGUACGAUGAUGCCAAGGGGUGGUAGCAUGGAAACUCCCCUAAUGGGAAUUCCAGUUCCAUUCUCAAAUUGGAGUUGGCCAUUUGAUAAUUUUCAUCACUCUACAAGACCUCAAGGAUUUCAUAUAUAUUGGGCUGUAGGUGCGUGUGGGCCUGGACAACACCGAACACGACUCCCCAAUGGAGAGGAGUUGUGCUGGGGCACGGAAAACCCUUUGCCUUCAUCUACAAGCCCACCACCGUCAGCAGAACAGUUGUGUAAUGAAAAUAGUUUUCCUAGGUUUGAAAUACAAUGGUCAUGGGAAUCAGUAGUGCUGAAUAAAAACGGGAGUAAAAAUUUAGGAAGCUAUAAAGACCUUCCUAAGAACAUUACUCAUUGUCCAGGAUCAAAAGGAAAUUGUCCUAUCGCUAUACAAAUAGCAUUAAACAAUAGCGUGAGAUUUGGGUGCCCUCCUAAGAGCUUAUGGUGGUUGUGUGGUGAUGAAUAUGCAAGAAAGACUUUACUGGAAAGUUGGGGUGGUGCAUGUACUGUAGGAGCCCUAGCACCGAUCCUUUCUAUGCAUGAUCGGACAAAUCCCCUAACAGGAUACCUCCGUACACCCUGGAAGAUGGUAGGGAGGGCAUUAAACCCCUUAGUGGAAAAACCCACUAGUUUCCAUAGUUUCGUUAGAUGGUUCAUUCCCUUUCUUGGGGUAAGCAAGCUAGAAAAAGCAAUUGUUAAUAUUUCAGCUACCCUAGAAAUGAUAGAAAAUGCUACAAUUGAUGCAAUUAGGGGCUUACAGACUGAAGUUUCGACUCUUAGUAAGGUGGUGCUACAAAAUAGAAUGGCAUUGGAUCUCCUGUCAGCUAAAGAAGGAGGUGUUUGCAUAAUAAUUAAUCAAAGUUGUUGAGCCUAUGUGGACCAGAUCCAACAGAUAGAAACUGACCUUCAGGCUAUAUGGGAACAUACCAAAAUUUUCCAUCAAGUAUCGAUGGAUGAUACGUCAUCUGGCUUCACGGAAUUAUGGAAGAAACUCACAGGCUGGUUGCCUAACUUUACCUGGCUAAAGCAACUCUUUAUGGCUUGCAUUAUUGUAAUCAUUCUGUUCGUCCUAAUAUGUAUUGCAGUGCGAUGUGUGCUAUGCUUCUGUGUAACUUCGGGAGAAAGCUAUAGUGCACGGAGUAGGCAUACACUGAGACAAAAAUUAGAGCACGGAAGUAGAAUAGUUUAACAGAUGAAGCAGAUUUUUCAAAUAUCAUAG